UUCCCCGUAUUUGUCCUCACCGUGUAUGUGUGAAGUUGCUAAUGAUAAAGUAAAUUUUGUCCACGAUCCAACGAAAUAUGUAAUACAAGAAAAGAAAACUCAGAAGAGUCAAAAAUUCAGAGGGAAGAUAAAAUAGUCGAUCAACAGUAACAUGUAAUUUUCAAUUUAAGGAAAGUGGAAUGACGAGGUAAACGUCAAGAGGUUGACAGGCGAACACGCUGACAAGCAAAGAUCAAUGUUUCUCUCUACCUGGCGAUGAUCGUGCAAUAAAACCGGGCCAUGGAAGAUAAUAGCAAGGAACGCCGGGUCCUGCAGCACUAUGUUGCCAAGCAAGACACGGUAUUGAUACGGAUAUUCGGUGCGUGCGACGUAAACGUUAACAAGUUACGUCUGGGAAUGCUUGUAGAAGCACUGGAGGAUUUGAGGGAGAGCGUGUUGAGGAUACGCGUGACCGACACCGUUGGCGGAUCUAAGACCUGGUGCGGCACGGAAUGGCGUUGCCACAAGUACGACCUGAUCCCUGUGUCGCCGAAGAUCUGGCAGUACCUGUUCGCUGUUCAGUCUCCACAGGAGAGAAUCCGACUGGCAAACGACGAGGUUCUGUGCGAGCAGAUAAAAACUAUAUCUCUGAACGACGUAGCCUGGUAUUGCUCCGAUCCCGCUAAUAGACGUGCUAGAGAAUUGGCGUUUGUCAGAUACAUCGGACCUGUGCCGCAGCUUGGAUUGGGACAUUACUUUGGCCUUGAACUAGUGGAAAGUCAGGAAUUGUCCAAAACAUCCUUAUUGACUAAAGAAUAUUUUAUUCCCACACAUUGGAAUGCUGCUACAAUAUUUGUUACUAUAAUUAAUAUAUUACCUUACAAAGAAACUGACUCAAUCUCUGACAGCAUUGAAAAAAUAUUGCUUUCGAAAAGUAAUACAGGAACUGACUAUAAUAACGAUAAGAAAAGAUCUGUACUUGACAGUACACCAGCUGUUUUAUUAGAACAGUUUACUCUAUUUGAUGACAACAAGAAUAACAACCAAGAAUCUGUCAACAUAUUAAAAGAACGCCAUCAAACCGGGAAGUCAGAUCUUGAAAAUGAUAUUAAUAACUAUACUCAAACCGUCGAGCAUACUCUUUUUAAAUGUGGUAAUGGUGAAAAAAACGAAACCAAGAAAUUUAACAGAGUAGAGAAUAAAGGAGAUCUGAUAGUGGGCUCUAAUGUGAAAGUACUUCUGGAUUCAGAUAUUCAUUACGGAAUUAUUCGAUGGAUCGGCUCACCGCCUGGUACAAGUCCUAGCAAAUUGAUGGCAGCUGUUGAGCUGGAUAAUGGACAUCCUUUAGGUACCGAUGGAACUUACAAAGACGUCAGAUAUUUUCAUUGUAGGCCUUACAGAGCUAUAUUCACAGACAUUGAACACUGUUCGCAUUACGAAAGUACGAAGCUCAACGAACGGCCUGCACUUAUAAAUAACGAUAAUUUCGGUAAUAUGGAGAGUUCUGUAAUAACGGGUAUAGUUCGGCCUAUCUCCGUCAAAGGAGAUUUGGAAAGUAUAUGUGGGAAGUAUCGUGGUAUUCAAGGCCAUCACAAUUCGUGCUAUUUGGACGCUACUCUUUUCAGCAUGUUCACAUUUACUAGUGUAUUUGACAAUCUACUGUUUCGUCCACCGAAUGAAAAAGAUUGUCCACAAUAUGAAGAAGUGCAAAGGGUCUUGAGAGAGGAGAUUGUAAACCCUUUGAGAAAAAAUAUGUUUGUCAGAGCGGAUCGUGUAAUGAAACUUAGGACGUUGCUUGAAAAACUAUCGUCAGUAUCCGGCCUCACUAGCGAAGAAAAAGAUCCGGAGGAAUUCUUAACAUCGCUAGUCGCCCAGAUUUUGAAUGCUGAACCAUUCCUCAAAUUAAGUUCCGGACAGGACGCUUACCAUUACCAAUUGUUUGUCGAAAAGGACGACCAUUUAAAUCUACCGACUGUGCAACAAUUAUUGGAGCAAAGUUUUCUAACUAGUAACAUUAGAUUGAAGGAAGUUCCUUCCUGUCUCAUCAUACAAAUGCCACGCUUUGGAAAGUCAUUUAAAAUGUAUCAGAAAAUACAGCCUACGUUACUGCUCGACGUGACAGAUAUUAUCGAAGACUCACCCAGACAAUGCACAGUGUGUGGCAAAUUGGCGGAAUUUGAGUGCAAGGAGUGUUAUGGACAAUGCGGCGUCGGCCUCGAAAGUAUAGCUUUCUGUUUACAGUGCCUUGAAAAAGUACACCGUCAUGAACGAAGAACAAAUCACGAACCAAAGAAGCUGAACGUACCUAUGGAGUUUACAAUUCUGCAAGAACAUUGUCCCGUACCGCGUCUAUAUUUGGAGCUAUCCGCGGUGGUUUGCAUCGAAACUUCGCACUAUGUUUCAUUUGUAAAAUGCGGUCCGGGCUCGGAGGCUCCAUGGUGUUUUUUCGAUUCCAUGGCCGACAGAAAAGGAGAGCAAAAUGGAUAUAAUAUACCGGAGAUGGUGCCAUGUCCAGAUUUUCCUUAUUGGUUGAGUGAAGAAGGAGGGACUUAUUUGACUGAAUUAAAAGACGACCGUCAUUUGCCAGAACACGCAAAACGUCUACUUUGUGAUGCAUACAUGUGCAUGUAUCAAUCCCCAGAUGUUAUGAUGUACAAAUAACUUGAAAAACAACUCACAUAAAAGUCGACAGGAGAGACUAUGGAGAUCUCUAUCGAAAACGAAUUUCUAUUCAAUUAUAUCAUAGCUAAAAUAAAAAAAGAAAGAAUCGCGCUAAUUGCGAUAUUUGUAAUCAGGAGAAUCAAUCUGCUACAAAGCGACUUUUGGAAAAAAAAAAGGAUAAAAUAAAAAGUCAUUUUGAUAUCUGACUUGAUCUGACAAGAAGAUCAGUUCAAUCUUUCUCAUAGAGAAACAGAACAUUAACUCUUGAAAUUAAAAAUUUACUAGGCCACAAGAAGAAGACUCAAUCUGCACUAUAGUGCAGUUGAAGUGCAGAUAACUUUAUUAUAAUAAUUAAGAAAAUAAAUCAAUAGCGAGUAUAAAAAUAUAAACA